CUAAAGAGCACCCGGAAGUGUCCGGUCACGUACAUUAAGCAAGCAUGGCUGUCUUUUUAAGGACGAUGUUGUUUAUUGGUACUCGGUCGAGACCUCAGGCUUGUUUGUGCAAAGGAAAACAUUCCUUUGGAGUCCACAGACCUAUGGUUAAUAAGAUUUCCCCCGAGGAAGAAAAAAAGAAAAUAUUAACGAAGAAAGGUUUCCUUCAACCGAAAAUUAACAAAGUGAAAGGCUCAAAAUUCAACACAAGAAAAGACAAAAUAGUUGGAACACAAGAAAAUACUUUGGUGUUUCAUAGCGAAAAACUUUCAUCAGAAGAUCCAAGAUUCGGAUCCCAGAUUAAUAUUGCCAAAUCGAGAAAGACUCGUUAUAAAACUGGAAAGAUUUUCCUGGAAGGUAAAAGACUGAUUAUGGAUGCAUUGGAAAGUGGUGCUGAGUGUUCUGUCAUGUAUGUAACAAGUGAAGUAGAGCCAUUCAGUCUACCAGCUCAUCUUGUUGGCAAAUUUCCUAUCUAUAAAGUUCAAUAUAAACAUUUGAAAUUAUGGUCAGAUGUUGUUACACCAUCUGGGAUUGCAGCUAUUUUCAAAAUGCCAAGUACUGGAGAAUCCCUUGUCACUCAGACUAAGACAAUUCCUUUAACUAUUAUUCUUGAUAAUAUCCGAGACUCUGGUAACAUGGGUACUUUGAUACGAUCUGCUGCUGCUGUUGGUUGUUCAAAAGUUCUUGCAUCUGUAGGUUGUGUGGAUAUCUGGGAGCCUAAAGUACUACGAUCUGCCUGUGGAUCACAUUUCCGAGUUCCAAUCAUUAACAAUAUAUCUUGGGGAAGCAUGUCAAACUACCUGGGAAAAGAGCCUCAAGUACUAUUGGCAUCAACGUUGAGUAGUGAAACACCGCAAUUGCAUCCUGUUUACAGUUUUGAAGAUAUUGAUCAAUUAAUCAAACAAUCAGAAAGUGAUGAGUCAAUAGAUGAUGACUCAGUGGCCAAUGAGUCAGACAGUGACAAGACUCAAGAAAACAAAAUAGACUUGUCUGUUGAGGAGGAAAUGUACCACAAAGUGCCACUAUCUCACAAUGUGUAUCACCGGGUUUCUUACACAGGAAAAGAGAUUGUUCUUGUAGUUGGAAAUGAAGCUCAUGGACUAAGUGCUGAUGCUAAAAAGUUUGCUUUCAAACAUUAUGGCCAGUAUGUAUCUAUUCCAUUGGCUAAUGGAGUUGAUAGCCUAAAUAAUGUCGUGGCUGCUUCUAUUUUUAUGUUUGAAAUUCAGAAACAAAUGAACAGUUCUCGCCAAGUAUAACAUCAACUUUGAUUUCAGUAGAUUAGAAAGUGCAGUAUGUAAAAUAGGUUUUAUAUGGAUUGAUGAAAUUUCUGUGAAAAUAUAUUUAAAUAUACCCAAAGCUUAAUUUCACUUU